CACUCUGAUUUUGCGUCAUCUGUUAGUCAAAUUUGUUUAAUCGCAGCUGAUUUUGACACUAUAAACUGUCAGAAUUUAAAACUAACAGACAAAGUAUAUAAAAAAGAUAAAACCAAAAAUCGACGUUGYUUACAAAAAAGGAAAUAAAAUAUGGAAAAAACUCAAAAAMAGAAAAGAGUGAUGUGGAGUGAGACUGCCGAGGCCGACAUAAUAGAGGUAUGGCAACUAAAAAUGCGAGAGCUGCGAUCAACGCGAAAAAAUAAUCAUAUAUAUGAGGAAAUGUCUGCUACAAUGCUUUUGGCUGGACACGAAUAUACGUCCACAGAAAUAAAAAUCAAAUUGCACAAUUUUACAAAAAAAUACAGACAAGAAAAACAGAAAAUUGGCCCAUCGGGUGGCUGCCCUAGUCGGUGGAAAUAUUAUGAGGCGGUCCACCAAGCGCUAGGCGGUUUUAAAAGUUUUUGUUCCGCCGAACUUGUGGAGGAUAGUAUUGAUGUUAACAUGGAUCCAAUUUACAUUGAGGACGAUGUAGAUGGAGAGUCGCCGCUCCCAAGCCCAAACGAUGGACCUUCUACGUCGCAUGGUUGCGCUCGGCCAUCGUCAAUCGAUUCUGCCAAAAAGAAAAAAUCAAAAACAAUAACGGAUAAAAUUAAGAACGACUUAUUAAAGGCGACUGAGGCGAUGAAGGAAGCCGAUGAAAAGUGCCUUUCUCUCCUACAAGAAUACAUUAACGAUUCAAAAGAAGUGAAGGACGCUUUCAUCGACUUCCUUCGUCGCCAAAAUUAGAUUUAAACAUUUUUUUUUAGUUUUAGUUUAAGAUACUUGUAUAAGACAAAUG